GCAGAGACUUUCGAGGGGGGAUGUUGGUAGAGGGAGGAGGUUAUGUUCGGCUCGAAGAAAGAACUCGCGAGUUUAUUUACAAGUUGCAAUUGCUUCCGGUUCAGUUAAAUUAGGAAUUUUCGUUUUUUUAAUUAUUCGGGGGGAAUUAUUCUGACGUUAUGGCGUUAAUUGGGAGACUAGUCAGUAAUAUUCGGUGCUGCAGACCUGUCGGGGGAAUUUAUCAUGCAAUGAAGGAAAUUCACACGACGACUGUCACACGAUUGGAUCAGAGCUGGCGACAAAAGAAACGUUUGCCGGAAAAUCCAAACGCAUUCGGUCCCCUGACAAACUUGCCAGAUUAUUCCUACACGGACGGGAGGCCAACGCCAUUUGGAGUUAGAAUGCUCAACAGGAUCAACAAGCAGCGGGAAAUAUUGAAAAAAGUGAGACAGCUCACGAGUGAAGUGGAUUUCGCAGUGAAGAGGCACGAGAGGAUCCAGAGAGAGAAAAAAGAGCACAGAGAGAGGGUUUUAGACUCUAAACUCAAACCAAAGGGGCAGAAAUUGGCGAUAGAGGCGAGGCCUGAGGUUCCAAAAAUAUCACAAAGUUAAUUAGUCACUCUCCUCAUUGCUUCUAGGUAAAACACGUUAAACAAUAAACGAAUCGAGUUGAAUAAUCUUA